AUGUCAGUACCAAAAUUGUCCAAUACCAUAAGUGGUAAUCCUGUUGCCAGAACCAGAGCAUCAAAAGGAAGAUCUCGGUCAGGUUGUUUAAGAUGCAAGGAGCGAAGAGUGAAGUGUGAUGAGUUGCGUCCUUGCUCCCGGUGCAAGAUCGGUUCAAAUGUCUGUGUCUAUCCACUCGUUGCAGGGCCAAGCUGGAAUAGUCAUGUCACCACAUUCCGUUCGUCGACUGCCGUGGUCUCAAAAGCCGACUGUGAAGAUAACGCUGUUCGCCCUUCCGCCCAACCCAAGAAAGCAUCUUCCAUCUCGUCACAUACGUCAUUAUCGCGUGGACAUCAGAUUUCAUGGGUGAUUGCAGAUGAUGCUCUGGUUUUCGGCACUCCGGAUGUCUUCCUCUUAACACAUUUCAUGUCCACUACGAGUAUUAAUCUUAUUGGCAAUCAAUCCAUUUGGGUUGAGGGCGUGUUGCAACUCGCCCUGCAAUAUGAUUUCGUUAUGCAUGCGAUACUCGUACUCUCCGCCCGACAUCUUCAGGAGAUCCACCGCUAUGCUAAUAGUCCUUCGCUUUAUAACUAUGGACUUCUUGAAGCACACCACCUGAAAAAUGCUCUUUCAAGCUUCAACAAGCAGUUUCAGAGUAGCAUUUCGGCAAAUCAAGACGCAGCACUCGCAACAUCAUUCUUGCUCUGUUUCCACGCUUGCUCUACGGUUCACAUGAAUCCACUCACGACUCCUUUACAGGAUAGCUCGCUCACUUUUCUCCGUGGUAUCCGGUCAAUCGUUGCCAGCCACCAUCACGCUGCCGAUAGGGGUAUCUUCAAGUGUUUAGUGUCACCUCCUAUGUUGACGCAAAGAUCCAUUCCUCGAGAAGUACCAUCCGCAGGGCCUUGUGAACAUUUUAUAAAUCUCCUCAAUGAUUUACCCCCAUUUUCCCGCUUUCUCGAAAACAGAGAGGUAUACGAAGAAUGUAUCAAGUCUCUCGUCCCAUACCUCUCUCUAGCCGAGGAGCAGGAUGGGCCCAGAGAAGAAGCACUAGAGUUGUUGUUGUGCUUCCUGGAAUGGCAGGCUUUCUGUCCUGCUGAAUUCGUCACGCUGGUCCAGACUCAUGAUCCAAUCGCUUUGAUCCUUUUGGCCUACUUUUAUGCUGCGGCUGGCUCCGUUGUAUCCGAAGCAAAGAGCAGGUGGUGGUGGCAGAGUAAGCCGAGCUAUAUGUGUCGCACUCCACAAGACAUCAAGGCAGUCGAAUUAUUCAUACCACGAGCUGAACCCCCAGCGAUGAAUCGGGUCGAGCGCCACUCUAUAUUGCGGCGGCAGGGACACAUUUCAACUGUCGGGCGCCUUCUGGCGGCUCCAGCAAUCGACAUCAUUCGCCUCGACGAAACCGGAACUUCUUCGUUCCCAGCAGUGGCAACUUACAGACGUGACGAAGUGGUGGCCGUCCUAACAAAAGAAGUCCGGGAAGAUAUGCGCGCCAGGGACAAACAUAGCAUGACGGCGCGAGCGUGGACUGCAGGGAAGGGUCACAAAGGACAUAUUGGCACCUCAUCGUUUGUUGUUGUUAUGGAAGGAGUGGACAUCAACAGCUGA